AUGAGUGCGGGCUUGCAGUCUAAUAUUCAUAUAGGCAGAGUGAGAGCACAUUGCAAAUCUCAUCCAGAGGAACCACUUUACAAUGGAGGGAUUUUGAAGAAUGAUGUUGGGGAGGUUAACUUUGGGUACCAUACAAAGGAAACAGUCUCAAAUUCAUGUUCCUUUUUAUUAGAAAAUCUCACUCCCAAAACAAGAUAUACUUUCUCAUGUUGGGUGAAAUUGAAAGGAAAGAGCUUAUCAUCCUUUGUAAAAGCAACUCUAUCAACAGUAGACUCCAAAUUGGAAUGCAUAGGAAAUGUAGUGGCAAGAAGUGAUUGUUGGUCCUUUCUCAAAGGUGGUUUUGUUCUUGGCUCACCAUCAAAUAAAUCAAUUCUUUCCUUUCAGAGUGCUCAAAAUAACUUGACAGAGAUUAUGAUAAAAAGUGCUUCAUUGCAACCAUUUACUGUUGAACAAUGGGCAAUACAUCAGCAAGAUAGUAUACAACUUAAAAGAAAACGUAUGGCCACAAUUCAUGUGUCAGAUAGAAAAGGGAAUCGGAUAAAAGGAGCAUCCAUUUUAGUGCAACAACAUUCAAAAGAUUUUCCAUUUGGUUCAGCAAUUGCAAAUACCAUUUUAGGAAACUCAGUUUAUCAGAAAUGGUACAUCAAGAGAUUCAAUGCAACAGUUUUUGAGAAUGAACUCAAGUGGUAUUCUACUGAACCUGAACAAGGCAAACAUAACUACACCUUAGCAGAUCAAUUGUUGAAAUUUGUGCGAUCAAAUCGAAUUGUGGCCAGGGGCCAUAACAUAUUUUGGGAGAACCCAAUCUACAAUCCAAAAUGGGUUCUUAAUCUCACUAACCAAGAGCUCAAAUCGGCUGUUGAAUCAAGGAUUCAAAGCUUAAUGUCCAGGUACAAAGGGGAAUUUGUGCAUUGGGAUGUAGACAAUGAAAGGCUACACUUUGACUUCUAUGAACAAAGACUUGGCUCCAAAGCUUCAUUGAGCUUCUUUCAAACUGCCCAAAAAGAAGACCCACUUGCAACUUUGUUUUUGAAUGAUUACAAUGUUGUGGAGACUUGUGAUGAUGUGAAUUCAAGUGUGGAUUCUUAUAUUUUGAGACUUAGAGAACUCAUGCAAGGUGGCGCCAUUUUGGAAGGAAUUGGACUUGAAGGGCAUUUCACAAGGCCAAACAAUCCAUUCAUGAGAGCAGUGCUUGAUAAAUUGGCAACUCUUAACCUUCCCAUUUGGUUAACUGAGCUUGAUAUCAGCAAGAAGAUGGACCAACAAACCCAAGCUAUAUAUUUAGAAGAAGUGUUGAGAGAAGGGUUCUCACAUCCUUCAAUAAGUGGAAUAAUGCUAUGGACACCUCUCCAUCCAUUUGGUUGCUACCAAAUGUGCUUGACUGAUAACAAUUUUAAAAACCUUCCAACAGGAGAUGUUGUUGACAAAUUGUUGCAUGAAUGGCAAACAAGCCAAACAGGUGGUGUCACUAAUGAACAUGGUCUUUAUAACUUCAAUGGUUUUCUUGGUAAGUAUAAGAUGAGUGUGAGCUUUGGAAACAAGUCCAAAAUUACUACUUUCUGUCUUGAUCAAGGCCAGGAGACUAAACAUAUAAAUAUUCAGCUGUACUAA